AUGCCGCGCAUCACACCUCAGCUACCACGGUUUCUUCUGCGGGCUCCUUUGCGGGCUUCUCAACCACUUUGUCUCCUAUGUCCUCCAGCUCCCGGGCAAGCUCGGAGCUUUGGCAAUUCCCCCGCUUUGUACAAAAAAAAAGACAAGGCAAAAAAUGCCCAAACCCCUGAGCCAGUUCCCAACUCUAGCGUGGCAUCUGAAGAUCCCUUUGAUCAGUCGAAAUUGCAGAAUGGCAUCGCAACCGCCAUCUCUCGUUUGAAGGACGACCUGUCGAAACUUCGCGCUGGAGGACGAUUUAAUACCGCGUCCCUGGAGGGUGUAAAGGUCCAGCUGAGCAAGGAUGUCCAGGAUAUGGUCAGACUGGGAGAUCUCGCUCAGGUCGUACCGAAAGGAGGGCGCAUGGUGACCAUUCUGGCGGCUGAGGAAGAGCAUAUCAAACCGCUUACCUCGGCGAUCGUAUCUUCAAACCUUUCCUUAACUCCACAGUCGGACGCCCAUAAUCCACUCCAACUGAACAUUCCCAUCCCCCCACCCACAAAGGAAUCCCGAGACCAGAACGUCCGGGCUGCCAAACAGGCGUUCGAAAAGGCUGCAAGCACUGUUCGUGAUGCCAGAGGGGCCUUGCACAGGCGACUUCAAGAGAUGCUGAAGAAGAAGUUAGCCCGUCCAGACGAUGUCCGCAAGGCGCACGAUCAGAUGGAAAAGGCUACGGACAAGGGCCAGAAAGAUGUGAAAGACAUGUAUGAGGCCGCAAGAAAGACUCUGGAGCAGGCAUGA